AUGAAGGCAGUUAGAGUGGGCCCCGGUAAUGAAGUAUUUAUCGCAACUUCGAACUAUGACGUGGCGUAUUUGGAAGUUGGAAUUCGAACAGAUUUGGCCGACUUCCAAAAGAUGGUGUACUGUGUCGUUAAAUCUCACUCCAUCACCGCUCCCGCCACCCGUCCAAGAGCUAUUGCAUUGUUCACCGAGCUUUGUAAUUUCUCGCUGCAACAGUCCAAUAAUAUAGAAGAUUUGAGGGAUAAAUGUUUCUACAUCUACAACACCCCACUCUUGUGGGAUGGUCACGAGAGAUGCCAAUUCAAGGCCAAAGUUUGGCACAUUAAGAACAAAAACAAGAGGGCAUUUGAAUAUGUUCUUUUCAAUCAACACCCUAUUGAUAUGACGGGUUGGCAAAAACGGAUUCCUGUUGAUCUGAACGAUCAUCUAUACCUUGUGUUGAUCUAUCCCAGACUUGCUAUUCUUCAACCAAGAGAACAAUACGUUAAUACAAGCUAUAAUUUCACAUUUGGAUUUGUGAAUUUUGAGAGGAAUUUCGAAGCUCACGAACAAGACAAUGACAAAGAGGCGACUGAGGUAGAGAUUGAGGGGCGACUGUUUGAUAUCUUCCCUGAAUCCUAUUCCGUUGUCUACUACGCCUUGAUUCAAGGAUUUCCAACAUUUAACAUAGACUUCAAGGGGGAUCUUCGAACGAUCCUGACGUCCGCUCCAUCUCAUAUUUGAGCGUAACUUUUGCAGGUUUUGGGUUGUGGUUGGUUUACUCUUUGCUGGAGCUGACCGCGAGUGCCCGGUGCUCAGUUGAAUCUUACGUAAAUUGCUUGGGUGCAAGCUUUUGUUCUUUAAAGAUGACUCUUGUAGCUUAUCUUGCCUAGACAUGUCUUUUUGUAUUUGGCGUCCAUAUGUAAUGACAAUGGCUAUUGAUGGACAAUUAGUGUAAGUGACUUAUGUUCUGUUUC